GUCAAGCGCUCCUGCACGGCUGCACCCGCACGCAGGAGACGAUCAUUGUCUAACACACAAACCACCGCGCCCUUUCCCCCGUCGGCGGUGGGUGACGCCGCGGCGAAACGGGAGAUAGAUCGCCGCCCGGCCGGCGACCGUGGGUCCUACUCAUGUACGCGGCCGCUCGCCGCCUUCUCUCCGCCCGCGCGGCGACUCUGCGGCCGCCUUCCUCCUACUACUCCGCGGCGCCGUCCCCGCCGCCGCCGCGGUUCCCGACGCCCAAGGAGAUCCGCAGGGGGCUCGACCAGUUCGUCGUCGGCCAAGACAAGGCGAAAAAGGUGCUUUGCGUUGCUGUGCACAAUCACUACAAGAGGAUAUACAACGAGCCCUCUUCGAAUAAGUGUUCUGCCGUAACCUCAGCCGCAGACUGUAAUGUUAGUACGAGUGGUGAUGAUGAUAUUGAACUCGAAAAGAGCAACAUCCUUCUGAUUGGGCCAACUGGAUCAGGUAAAACGCUUUUAGCAAAAACAUUAGCUCGCUUUGCGAAUGUACCGUUCGUGAUUGCUGAUGCAACAGCAAUUACACAGGCUGGGUAUUCAGGAGAAGAUGUGGAAUCAAUCCUCUACAAACUUCUAGCGGCUGCUGACUGUAAUGUCGAAGCUGCAGAGCGUGGUAUCAUCUACAUUGAUGAAGUUGAUAAGCUUACAAAGAAGGUUGGUUGCCAGGAGGACUGGAGGGAUAUUUCUGGAGAGGGUGUUCAGCAAGCACUGUUAAAGAUGUUUGAAGGAACGGUGAUCAAUGUACCAAGAAAAAGGAAUCAGCAUAGCGUAUCCCAUGGAUAUGUCGAGGUUGAUACGAAAAAUAUACUCUUUAUUUGUGGAGGUGCCUUCUCUGAUUUGGGGAAGAUUAUCUCAGAAAGACAUCAUCGCUGUCCUUUUGGGUUUGGAACACCAAAAUGUCGUGAAUUACAAGAUUAUGCUUCGACAAAUGCUCUUGAGGAAUCAAGUUUGCUUGAAGUUAUCGAGAAUGAUGAUCUGAUUGCCUAUGGCUUGACACCAGAAUUUAUUGGGAGAUUGCCAAUAACAGUUGGCUUAGCGCAUCUCACUGAAGAUCAAUUGAUUCAGGUUCUCAGGGAACCCAAAAACGCAAUAGGAAAGCAAUACAAGAAAUGGUUCAAAAUGAACAAUGUCAAGCUGCACCUGACUGAAAAUGCUCUGCGGCUAAUAGCAAGGAAAGCAGCUGCGAGAGAAACAGGGGCGAGAGGCCUACGAUCUAUAAUGGAGAGCAUUUUGACGGAAGCGAUGUUUGAGAUACCUGAUGCAGGAGAGGGAAAACAGAAGGUGAUUGCUGUUGUUGUUGACGAAGAAUCUGUAGGGCCACUGUCCCGUCAAGGAUGUGGAGCCAAAAUUUUCCGUGAUGAUGGAGCCCUGGAACUGUAUCUUUACAAGAAUGAUAUGAGAGUGCCUGGGCUAAUUCAGGGGAACCCCAAACGCAGGGUCAUUUGCCGUCUCUGCCUUCUAGUAGCUUUGUCAUCAGCUAAGCUAUGGAUUUAUCAUACUUUUCAUUGCUUCACCGCUAUAUAUGCAUGGAUUGUAUUGAUACUGUGUAAGGCAAACAUUUUUACACAAUGAAGUACGGUAUGAUUUAUUCUUGUCA